AUGCCUUUCGUAGAGGAGAUAAAUCUUAAGAGCCACGACCCGAAUGUCUAUUUCACGAGCGUAAACGCUGCAGGGCCCUCCGGUCGAAAUAGGAUAACAAAGACUACAACUGCAUCUGGAGUCAGAAACAACAAGCGGGUAAACUACUCGCUUUCGGAUUUGGAAGCCAAGAUCUAUGCGCAGAAAAAUGGGAAGGAUACAGAAUCCCUAAGUUCAAACUUCAUCACAACCACCAACAGCGCAUUGGAAAGGUAUACCCCGCAAGAGCUUCUGAAAUCGAGACGAAGACUUAUGGAACUAGACACAGAAAACGUACAAGAUAUCAGAGACGUGCCCUUUGUGAUGAGCAGCAUAACCGGUAUCAGCAAAGAUCGUAUCGACUCCAGCAACGGCGCAGAUUCCGGCGGUGGCUCUUCAUCGAAUGUUAACAGAUCCAGCAGAAACAAAUUCGAGCUUCCGAAAAAUCUUGAGCUUCUAUACAAGUCUACUAAACCUCCAGUUGUCAAAAAGAAAAACACUAACCGAGUGGUUGCCCUAAAGAAAACCUUAGCUUCUCGAAGACCACUCACCAGUUACGUCGAUGCCCUUGAUCAAGUGAACCGCAGCAUCAUCUUCCACAACGUUUAUAAUAAGAAGUUUUUCAAAGUGCUUCCAGUGAUCACAACCUGCUCCAUAUGUGGUGGAUACAACAGCAUUUCUAGUUGUGUGAACUGCGGGAAUAAGAUUUGCAGUCUGCGAUGUUUCAAUCUUCACAACGACACCCGUUGCACGAGCUAG